AGUGACCUGUGUAUAUCUUGCUUGUAAAAUUGAAGAAUUUUAUGUCACAAUCAAUGAUUUUGUGCAUAAUGUAAGAGGAGAUAAGAAGAAAGCUGCUGAGAUUAUUUUAAACAAUGAACUGCAGCUAACACAAGAAUUACAAUUUCAUCUCAUUAUUCACCAACCAUUCCGCCCAGUAGAAGGCUUGCUCAUUGACAUUAAGACAAGGUUCCCACAGCUAAGAGAUCCAGAAAGAUUGCGACCCCAUGUGGAAGAGUUCCUUGAAAGGGUAAACUUAACUGAUGCAAUUAUUCUAUAUACUCCUGGUCAGAUUGCUUUAGCUGCAGUGACAACAGCUGUGAGCAGGUUAGGGGAAAACCUGGCCCAGUAUGUCCCCAAAUUUCCUUUCCCAAAGCCCAAAAGCCCACCCCCAAAGUCCUUUAGAGCUGUAAAAGUAGACCACAUUCCACAUCAUCUUUUUUUCCCAGAAACAAGAAGAUGGUUAAGAAGCGAACCCCUGCCCGGAUACUGUCGGCGUGAGUUUGAAGGCAGUUAG